AUGGUGCUACACCGCGGCCCAAAACGCAAGUGCGUACCAAACGCAAGUGCGUACCAAACGCAAGUGCGUACCAAACGCAAGUGCGUACCAAACGCAAGUGCGUACCAAACGCAAGUGCGUACCAAACGCAAGUGCGACACCAAACGCAAGUGCGACACCAAACGCAAGUGCGACACCAAACGCAAGUGCGACACCAAACGCAAGUGCGACACCAAACGCAAGUGCGACACCAAACGCAAGUGCGACACCAAACGCAAGUGCGACACCAAACGCAAGUGCGCGACAAACGCAAGUGCGCGACAAACGCAAGUGCGCGACAAACGCAAGUGCGCGACAAACGCAAGUGCGCGACAAACGCAAGUGCGCGACAAACGCAAGUGCGAGAACAAACGCAAGUGCGAGAACAAACGCAAGUGCGAGAACAAACGCAAGUGCGAGACCAAACGCAAGUGCGAGACCAAACGCAAGUGCGAGACCAAACGCAAGUGCGAGACCAAACGCAAGUGCGAGACCAAACGCAAGUGCGAGACCAAACGCAAGUGCGAGACCAAACGCAAGUGCGAGACCAAACGCAAGUGCGAGACCAAACGCAAGUGCGAGACCAAACGCAAGUGCGAGAACAAACGCAAGUGCGAGAACAAACGCAAAAAGGACGAGAUCCGGGCGCUGCUUGUGGAUGGCUUGGUGGAGUUGGGCCUGCUCUCGCAACCAGUGGCUUCUGAGGGGACUGAUGAGAGUAUCGUGCCUGCGGGAACCCCAAAGCGGGAGGAGAAACCUGGACCUUCAGAUGGUUCUCCCCCUGGGACAAAGAGAGCGGGCGCGGGGGUUGAUGAACCGCCUAACCCUCUGUUCACCCUCCCCCGGUAUGACCCACACUCUCCUCCCACCUCUCCUCGGUCCUUGGAUGCUGCCCGACGCGCUGUGCGCCUGGCCCGCAUUAAAAUGGAAGGUGAGCAGAAGGAACGGGACCGCAGUGCCGAGCUCAAAUUUCAGGUGCGCAAGCUCGAGAUAGAGGCUGACAAAGACGUCAAACUGCGCCGCCUUGAGCUGGAGGCUGAAGGUCGCCUCCCUCCCAGUCCUACUCCCGGCCCUGGACCCACCGCGCAGGCUGCAGCCCACUCCCCAUCCGUUCACGGCGGCGCCCUCGAUGGGGAUACGCUCUCUGCUAAAUAUACCGGUCCUUAUGUGGUUAAGGAGAAACUGUCUGAUACUGACUAUAUUAUCAGCACGCCGGACAGGAGGCGAAAAACCCGCGUGUGCCACAUUAAUAUGUUGAAGCAGUAUCACUCCCGCGUUACACCGACCACGACGGAGCCCUCCCUUCAGUGUGUCUCCGCUCUGAUUGUGGCUGACCAGGCCGCUGAGAGCGGACUGAAGAUGCGUAAGGAGCAUAGUCCGCGUCUCCCGAACUCUGAAAUGCUUACGGUUUUACCUACCCAACUGGAAGCAUUUGAGCGCUGA